UUCCUCUUGGACUCGUCUAGCGUCUAGUCAAAGCUCCAGAUCAUCAGGGAUGGACCGAUAUCAUCAAAAGAGACACAGACAGACAAUUCCCCUUCCACGAGAUGUUCCAGUCCAAAGACGGACAUGGUCAGAAGGACUUGCUGGAGGUCCUGAAAGCGUACACUCAGUAUCGUCCCGACGAGGGCUACUGUCAGGCGCAGGGUCCGGUGGCUGCUGUCCUUCUGAUGAACAUGCCUGCUGAGGAGGCGUUCUGGUGUCUGGUGCAGAUUAGCGAGCUCUACCUCCCUGGAUACUACAGCCCUCUGCUGGAAGGUGUUUUAUUCGAUGCUGCGGUUCUCUCAAGCAUUUUAAAAAAGCAGUGUCCUGCUGCACACAAACACCUACAGAAUCAGGGGGUGGAGCCUCUCAUGUUUGCCACUGAUUGGCUGAUGUGUCUGUACAGCCGUCACCUGCCCUUCGACACUCUGCUCAGAGUCUGGGAUCUCUUUUUCUGCUGUGGUGUGCGUGUUUUGUUUCAGGUCGCUGUGGUGCUGGUGCGCCGAUGUCUGGGAGAAGGACGGCUGCGAAAAGAGUGUGACGGACAGAUGGAAACCUUGGAAAGACUGCGAGGUGUUAAACAGCGUGUUCAACAUGAGCAGGCUGAUGCCUUUAUCCAUAAGGUAUGUUCGGUGUCCCUGUCCUGGGUGGACCUGCAAAAACACACUGAGAAAGAGCUGGAGAAAUGGAAAAAAGAGAGACCAAACUCGACCUUUGACCCACGAGGACGCUGUCACGGAUACCGAAUGGCAUGGGAGAGAGCGCAGGACAAACCAAAGGAACAUGAAAAGAAAGAGCGACCGAAGGGGAGCCUGACUCUUCCUCUCACACGCUCACACUCUUCUCUUUCUCCUUCAGUUCUGCGCAAGAAAUGGAGAAAGAGGAGCAGUAAGACUGACACAGAGGAAUGGGACGGAGGGGGAAGAAAAUUCUCUCAAAGUGUGAUGGAGGAGAGCGACGAGGAGGAGGUGAGGAGGAGAAGUGUGUGCGGUAUCGUUGGGGAGCAAAGGGCCAAAAGGGACAGGCUAGCGGACGAACUCUGCUCACACAAAGAUCACAUCACACAUCCCAGCAUCUCAGUGGUGGUGUCCUCCACUACGGACUGUGAUGUUUUUGAGACAGAGCAUACAGAAACAUCUUUGAAAGAUAAUUCAGAAACAACACGAGGUGAAGAGAAAGACAGGACCGCUGCGUGUGAGGUUGAGGAAAGCAUACAGACACAUCAUCAUAUACAGGACACAAAUCAAGAUGUACAGCGUACAGAAAUGCAAGGACAUCAGGUUGAACAGAAUAUAGGAAAAGACAAAACUCAAGAUGAUCAGAACACCGAAGCAGCAACAAAUCAAAACGAACACAAUACAGACAAACAGACUUGUCAAGAUGAACAGACUGUGGAGACUGAGAGAAGUUUAGAGGCAUGUGGGGAAAGUACAUCACAGGAAGAAGACACACAGACUGACUCCAGUAAACAGGAAGAGGAAAUACGAACAGAAUAUUGCAAACAAGAAAAAGAAACUAAAGAAGAUGUAUUGCCAAACAUCAUAGUGACUGAAGUAAAUGAGGAAAAUAUCCCAGAGAAAGAGGUACAGAUACAUGAUGUCCAGGAGGAAGAAAGGCCUCAAACAUCUAGAGAUCAACAUGAAGAGCAUGAACAUUUGGAAAGGCCAAAAGACAGUUUGUUCAUACACACAGCUAUAGAGGAAGUUGAGGAGACUCAGCUUGUUUGUGAGCAAGAGCAGGAGACCACAGAGAUAUCAGACCCUCAAAAAAUGUCUGAUGAUAAACAUGAGGAGACCACAGAUAUAUAA